AUGAAGGCCUCUUUGUUCGCCGCCGUCGCCGCUUUGGCCGGCUCUGCUUUCGCUGCUCCCACCCCCCACCUCGGCCUUGACGGCCUCGUCGACGGCCUCAAGAUUGGCGAUAUUACCAAGGAACUUGACCUCAGCGAGCUCCCCGUUCUCUCCAAGCUCGGUGACGCUACCGAGGUUCUGGACCUCCCCUCCACUCCCUCUGCCAGCAGCGUCCCCGAUGUCCAGGACGGCCACAUCGUCCAGAACCUCGGACCCCAGCUCGACAACAUCCUGACUGUUGUCGGCGCUGACGCCAGCACCCUGCUCAUCGAGCUCUCCCCCGAGGUUACCGCGCUCGUCUCCGGCCUCGGUCUCGGUGACCUUGGUGUUCCCCUCGGCUCUAUUGUCGCCUCUGCCUCCAGCGUCGGUACUCUCGUCGCUGACCUCGGCCCCGUCGUCGAUGACCUCGUCACCGUUGUCGGCGCUGAUGUCGGUGCUCUCCUCAUUCGUCUCUCCCCCGAGGUCGCAGCCCUCGUUUCCGGCCUUGGCCUCCCCAACGUUGGUGUCCCCGUUGGUACCAUUGUUGCUACUCCCGGCAAGAACCUCAAGCGCGGCGAGAUUGUCCAGGACCUUGCCCCCAAGGUCAAGUCCACCCUGACCGUCACCGGCCAGAACGCCAAGGAGCUCCUCAUUGAGCUCUCCCCCUCCGUCACCUCCCUCGUUGCUGGCCUCGGUCUCACCACCAUUGCCGGCCCCAUUGGCUCCAUCGUCGCUGAGGCCGCUAGCGUCGGUGACCUUGUCAGUGACAUCUCCGAGCCCAUUGGGGAUCUCCUCCACAUCGUCGGCAAUGACGGCAAUCACCUCCUCGUUAAGCUGUCUCCUUCCGUCGUUGACCUUGUCGCCGGCCUCGGUCUCCCCACCAUCGCCACCCCUCUUGGUGCUAUCGUCACCACCGUCGGCGAGAACCUGUAA